GAAGGAGUCGAGGGGAUUUAUGGCUCAGAAAAGCGUGAAAAAUGUCAGUUGACACCUUCUCCAGCGGCCACCAUGUCCUGCUAAUGAAGUUUCUAUUGUCUUUGAAUAUUCCCUUCAAUGGGUUCAUUCCCCGCCAUCCACCAGAUGGCAGAGUGGAUUAUUUUGUAUACAUAACCUCAAAUCCGGCUAAGCCCAGUUGUUGUCUAGUUGAUUGUAUUUGUUGUCUUAAAUGUACUGACGUGAUGUGCUGAAUAUCAAUGUUUUUAUUUAUUACCCAUAGUUUUAGUGAAGCACCAGUAUAAUUCUGCAGAGCUGCGAUCAAAAUGUACCAGAAGCCGAUGAAAACCUACUUGAGGAACCCUCCGAAACAGCCAAAAACCUACCUGAGAAGAUCCGUGACAGCCAGCUCCAUAAUUCCCUCCGCAGCGAUUUUCUCAGAUUCAGAAAGCGACGAGAACGUUGACAACAAGGAUGGACCCCUCGACGACACCUUCGACCGACUGAGAAAAACAGCGAAGCCAGUGAAGCCCGCGGUGGACCCUCAACAGGGGAAUUCAGCCGUUUUUUACAGCUCCUCCAGUAGCUCCGACACCAGUGAACUAGAAGUCAUUCCCAUCCCCCAAUCCCGGGGCCGUGCUCCACCUAAGCGAGGCAAGAAGAGGAAAACCACUGCAAGUGUCCCAAAAGUCAAUGGGAAUCCCCAAAAACCUCCCACGAAUAAGGGAUUAAGGAGGAACAGAAGAGGAAAUGACGACGAUGGGGUUGCCGACAGCGAUCGAGAGAUGGAAAAGAGAAUCAGGAAGACGUCGUCACUGACCUCAUCACUGGAAUCUCUGGGAAAAUCACAGAAUGAAGACAAAGAAAAUGAAGUGAGGGAUCAAGAUGAGGAGAAAAAGACGCAGUCUUCCAGAGAAAUGAUAAGAAGGACCUCUCCCCGCACUUUUCCCACCCGAACAACAAAUGGACUGAGUAGUCGAGCACUUUCAGAAGAUCAAUCAUCAGAAACUGAUGCGGCAUUCCCCCAGGUUCAUCUGGACUCCUCCAACCUUCAGCAGGAGAAUUCUUCAGUCAUUGAGAUUACAGGGAGAAGUCUAGACGACAGCAGCAUCGAGAGGCUCGACUCAACCGAACCAAUAAGAAAAACCGUUCCAGCAGUAAUCAAGACCCAUCUGAAUUCACCCAGUACUCCAGUGAGAAACAACAGACUUGAGGAAUUAUCCCUGAAGAGGAAGAGCGUACAGGGAUAUGGGAAGUCUCCUCUGUCGUCUCCAACUAGCCCAAUUAACGACUGCUGGGUGAGUCUCCACCGGCUGAACCUGAGGGAUAUUAUCCGGGAAAAAUCCUCUGAUAAUAACAAUAGCUCACUGGACUCUACCACCGAACCGGUCAGUUCAUUACCAGAAAAUGGAGAGCUCAUGAAUGGGAUUCAUCGAGAGAGUCUCCAGGUAGACGAUCCAGGAACUUCCCAUCCUCUAGAGAAUGGCGAAGCCCUCGAAAAAUCAGAAAUUCCGUCUUCAGAAAGAUUAUCUCAAUCUGUGGAGGAGUUGCUUCAGUCACGGAGCUUAUUUUCCACUGAUGACAGUACAUCAACAAAUGAAACUGGGGAGAAUCACCUGGAGAAGGAUCAACCCCAGUCACCUGUGAUGGAAAAAAAUAGAGGAGGAAAAGAUGGGCGUACUGGUUCGCCAAAGUUAGUCCUCAAUAAGUGUUCCGUAGUCCUCGAGCUUCACGAGACCCUGGGAAAGUCCAAGAAUUCUGCUAUAAAUCAGAGCCUCUGGAGUAGCACCCCUUUGAUGUCCAGGAUCAGGCAGAAGGGAGCCGGCUUGCACUUGUCCCCCAUUCCCAUGUCCCCUUCGGGCUCAAAUACCCGAAAAAAUCAGGAAGAGGAGAAUGGAGAAAAAGAGGUGGAAGCUCAGCUACGUCAGAGGCCUGUCCCAUUAUCUCCACCAAAAAUAGUCCGGACAAGAAUCACUGAUGACUCUCUCAAGCAAAUUAUUGAGAGGCAGCUGUUUUCUUCAACGCAGAAUACGGAGGAGAGCAUGGACAGAAGAACGAGAGUGGAAUUGAGUGAUCCUGAAGAAUCUCAAGGAGAGCCUCCGAGUAGAAGGUCUCCUCGUAAAGCCAGGGGAGAUCCGGUCGAUACGAUUUCAACGAUAGAAAUUUCUUCUCGUCUUUCUGCUGACGAGAACGAUGUAAAGGCUGAAGGAAGGACAGUGGACACGUCGUCCUCCGGGAGUAUGUCCCCACUAAUGUUUGAGGAUAGUAACGACGAGGAGAACCAAGAUUCGUGUGAUGUUGAGAGGUUGAACUCUGCCUCGUCUUCUCGCUUGUGUCCUGAUCCCCCAGGAGAAGAGACAGAGCUCCAGGAAGUGGGAACCGACAUUUCCUCUCAUUUGUUCUCAAUCACAGGUGAGGAAAGCCAGGUUCAGGAAGUCGAGGCUGAUGCCUCAUCCCUGUUGUCUUCAGGCCCAUCAACACAGGCCCCAGGUGAUAAUGGGAAACGCGGUAAGACAAUGUCAGGAGCUGAGUCGUCUGAUGCUGCCUCGAACGAAGAGAUGGAGGAAGACAAGGAGGUGGUCGAUGCCUUGAAGGAGCGACAACUGACGAUGGCGAAGAUACAGUUGCCCAACGUUCUUCUGACCCGGUUAAGUGAUGGAGUCAACAUCACGGACAGACGCAGCAGGUAUCGAACUCGGGAAAGUCGACUGGCUGUGAUUUCGGAGAAUGAUAACAAGAGGAUGUCGGUCGUCUCUGAGGAGGAGGAGAAGACAAGCACUGAAGGCACUGAAGCAACUCAGAAAAAGGCCCUGGGGAAUGAUGGGGAUACCAGUGGUGGCAUGAAGUCGGUCUUCUUGAAACCGGGGAAAUCCUGGGCUAGGUCACUCUCUAUUCUUAAUAAUAUUCAGAAGGGAGGUGAUAUUGAGGCUCUCGCUGCUGGCAAGGGAAAGAACUGGAGACAGAGUGUCAUCAGCGUGCUGAAUAUGCAGAGUCAAGGCGGCUUACAAAGCUGCAGAUCCAGCAAUGAUAAUGACGGCGCCCAGGUCCGCGCUUCCAGGGCAUCUCGGAGUUCCACAGAAAAUUCCCUGAGGAAAUGGUCCAUGAAUCGAGAUAACUCUCAAGCCACAAGUCCGAAGAGAUUUAUUCGCCGGGUGUCGAUUCGCGUCGUACCGGACCGCAGGAGUAACCUCGUCAACAAAGUUCAGGAGUCUUCGUUCCACGAGGCCUAUGGGAUUUCCACCAGCAGUGAUCGAAAAACAUUGGCGCCAACGGCAGUCAGAAAAUCGAGUUACGCUCUUCGAAAUUCAGGGAGUGAUCUACGAGUACCCCAACCCCUGACUAUAGCCAGAAAUAUUGUCCUGAGCAGAUGUAACCAGACAGACUGCUGUUCCUUCUCUCUCAUCUACAGCGAUGAAUACCUGAACGACUGUCGUAAAAUCGGUGAGGGCGUUUAUGGGGAAGUAUUCUUGUUUGACGACGGCAGGGCGAAGUCUGUGAUUAAGAUAAUCCCUAUCGAGGGGAAAGAGCUCGUGAACGGUGAGCCACAGAAGAAGUUCGAAGAGAUAUUGUCAGAAAUUGUAAUCGCUAAGGAGUUGCACGACUUAAGGACAAAUGAGAUCCACAGAACUGACGGCUUCGUGGAGGUGAAGAAUAUCAGGUGCCUCAAGGGCAAGUAUCCUGAGAAGCUGGUGAACCUGUGGGAGGCGUACGACGAGGAGAAGAAGUCUGAUAACGAUUGCCCCAGUAUGUUUAAGGAGGACCAGUUGUAUAUUGCUCUGGAACUUGGUGAUGGAGGGAAGGAUCUCGAAGGAUUUGUCUUUCAAAAUGCCAGUGAAGCUUUUUCGUCGUUUAUUCAGACUGCUCUGACCCUCGCAGUCGCCGAAAAAUCCCUAGACUUCGAACACCGAGAUCUCCACUGGGGAAAUAUCCUGAUCUCCCGGACAAACGAGAAGGAAAUAAAUUACAGAUUAAACGGUGACGACAUUAAAUUCCCCUGUCAGGGUGUCAGAGUCGCCAUAAUUGACUUCACUCUCUCCCGGAUGUCCUACGAGGGCUGUUGCAUCUUCAACGACCUGGCACUCGAUCCCUCCCUCUUUACAGCAGUUGGUGAGUACCAAUUUGAGAUAUACAGAUUGAUGAGGGAACAGGUGGAGAACAACUGGCAGGCCUUUGAACCCGUCACCAACGUACUAUGGCUACACUAUACCCUUGGCAAGUUAUUAACCGCAGUUCGAUACAAAAGAAAGGGAACUAAGAUUCAUCAGAGCUACAUGACGAGACUUCAGGCAUUGAAGAAUGUCAUUCUGGACUACAACAGUGCUUUUGACUUUGUCACUAGCUGUGACAGUGUGAGAGAGGUCCUGAAGAUUAAUUAGCAUCUCGGAUAGACGGUGGAAGAGGGCAUAAAUAAAUUCAAAUUUUUUUUUAUAAAUGUAGGUGUGCGUUUUUUCGUCUGCUUAGAAAUUAAUCUACUUGAUUGAUGAUAUUAGUAUCAAUCAAUGUUAGCAUUUAUUUUGAUACAUCAAAAUACUUUUAUUGCGACGUUUCAUGCGUAAGGGAACGUUGAGGACGAAAAUUUUUCCUUGAGAAUUGGAUGCAAUGAAUUUGACUGCAAUGUGUACAUUCCUAUUAUCAAUUGUUCACGUUCGAUCUUCGCUCUUUCUGAAUGUCUUAGAUAUUUGGUUAUGUUUAUUAUGGAGGCAAAACCAAGACUCUCACGAGAGGAUGUGCGAAGAGUUAUACCGUUGAGGGAAAUGUUUGAAGGUAUUUUUAAUUUUUUUCGUCUUGAAAAAUCUAGUCUAGGGAACGGAAGAAUAUUUGUCAUGUCUUGUCGAAUGAAAAACAAUUAAAUAAUUAAUAAUUAA